GGGAGGGAAAGAGGGAUGACCCGAAUGCUUGAACGCUCGACAAACGUGUCGAUUUCGAUACCGUGCAGUUACGGGAAGCAGUCAGUCUCUCUGUUCAUUCCACCGGAUUAGCAAGUCAAUUUCAACAGGUACGUUUACUCACAGUAUCAAAUAAACCGGCCUAACCAUGGAUGAUGGUGCUGCAUCCACUGGAGUCAUUGUGAAGAACAAACCGGGCGCAAAGCCGCUUAACAUCGUCGAUGACUUUAACCGUCGCAAGAUGCCACUUUACAAGCACUGGGUUCGCCCACAAUUCUUGCAAUACAACUACAUGUACGACUACCGCGUGAACUACUACGAUGACGUCAUCGACUAUCUGGAUCGGCGAUCACGAGGUGUUGCGUCGGAAAUUCCUCGCCCUCAGACCUGGGCCGAACGUGUCCUAAGAACCCAGAAGAACGCCACACGUGACAUCAACGAUGUGUACAACUACACCAGCAUCAGCCACAAGAAGGACGACAAGAAGCUUAUGUACACGCUAAGUAAUCAGAUCAAGUCGUACAACUGCCACUCGAAGGCAUACACUAACAGAAAGUACCGCAAGAUCCUCUAAAAU